UAAGUUAACAACGAAGAAGAAAGGCACUUGACCAGAAAAUGGCUUGUUAGGAGAAUGGAUGUCCAUUCACCCGUAUUUGAUCGAAGUGUAUCGAUAAUCUAAGCAUGGUUGAUCACCGCUGAUAACGAAAAUGUUUAAAAGGAUCAAACGCGCAAAUUUCAGACGAAGGAACGAGUCCGACGAGGACGAGCGGGAGGAGAAUGUGCAGCCGAUGCUGGCGUCGACGUUGUUCGGGCCUGUUUUGGAGGAAGUCCCGUUCCUGGAGACGGCCAGCGGCAACAACAACGUUAGCUUAAGCCCCAGGAGCAAUGGCUUCGGGGCUAAUUUUAAAAGCCCAAAAGACGUCAGGAGAGACAAAAAGGGGAAAGAGAGCGCUCCGGUGCUCGGACCCACGAAAGGCAGUUUACUGAGUUUCGACGAUGACGAAGAAGAAGAAGGACCAGAGGUCUUCCGAGUGAAGAAGUCCAAUCACAGCAAGAAAAUAGUCAAGCAGCUGAAGAAAGAGUACAAGGAGGACUUGGAAAAGGGUGGUGUCGUUAAAACAGAAGCGGUGCCUCAACCUGUCGUUGCCGUCAAAGAAGAAGUGGUCAGCAAAGUGGGCAGUGAGCAUGGUGAGGAAGAAAUGGAGGUUGACAGUGCUGACGAGGCGAAAGGCAGUCAAGUACAGAAGAGCAGCAGCAGCAGCAACAACACUGGAGCCACUUUCAACACGCUCUCCUCCCUCAGUACUCUGAGACCUGGUGAGAUCCCUGAUGCAGCAUUCAUUCAUGCUGCCAGAAAGCGGCGACAGCUAGCCAGAGAGCUGGGGGGAGACGCCCCACUUGUAGAGACGGAAACCCCCAAGAAACGUCAGACGCAAGAAGACCAGGACGGCAGCGACGACGAAGACCAGGAAGAGAAGAGGAUCCGCUUCAGUGGUGUGCGGAACAAAACCCAGAGGCAAAAGAUCGCUGAAGAGAUAGGUAUCGAGGGCAGCGACGAUGAGGCGCUGGAUACGGGUCAUGAUGAAGAGUUGAGCCGGUGGGAGCAGGAGCAGAUCAGGAAAGGGAUCAGCAUACCACAGGUCCCAAGCAGCCAACCGGAGGACACCACAGCCUACUACCAGAACAGCUACGAUACUCAGCCUUACGGAACUGGCUACAAUAUGCCUUUCACCUUCAACGUGGUGCCACCGCACUCCAGCAAGCACCCUGGCCAGGCAGACAGCGCUUCGGCUCACUUCGGGCUCUCUGUUAGUGACUUAGCCCCAGUGUCCAUUGAUCUGGUAAAGAAACGCCUGCAGGAUAGGCUCGGUCAUAUGCGUACAGGCCACAACGCCAACGUUAAUCGCUACACAGAGAUCCAGGAAGAUCUAGCUGCCUCAGAGAGCGCCAUACUGCAGCUGGACGGCUCGUCCAAUGACAAUGCAGAUCAAUAUCAAUUCUUGCAAGAGAUGCGAGGGUAUGUUGGAGACUUGCUUGAGUGUUUCGGUGAAAAGGUACCUGCCAUCGAGGAGCUGGAGGCUGCCAUGCACCAGUUACUAAGGCAACGGGCCUCGCGACUCGUCCAGAGAAGACAGGAUGAUAUAAAAGAUGAAUCGGCGGAGUUUGCAAGCCUUUCAAAUAAAGCUGUCAUGGCUCCCAAUCUGGACUCGUUCGGUCGUGACCGCACGUUGCAUCAAGAGAGCAGUCGCCAGAGGAGGAUAGCAGAAAGAGAGGCCCGACGAGCUCGGCGGCGUCAAGCACGAGAGCAGAACGGAAAGUGGGCAGAGCACAAAGAAGGCUUGUCGUCUGAUGACGAGGAGACGUCAACGGACAUCACCAGCUUCAGCAUGGAGCAUGAUCGUAUCACUAGAGAAUGUAAGAAAGUGUUUGAGGAUGUGGUGGAGGACUUUCAUUCCCUGGACUACAUCAAAUCCCAAUUUGAAGUGUGGAGGAGUGACUACCCUGAGUGCUACAAAGAUGCUUACAUCGGCCUCUGUCUGCCCAAACUCUUCAGCCCUCUUGUUCGACUGCAGCUCAUCACAUGGAACCCUCUUGAGGGGCAAUGUGCAAAUUUUGAAUACAUGCUCUGGUUUGAGUCUCUGCUUUUUUACGGUUUUGAGGAGCACAGCGCAUUGCAAAAAGGAGACAGCGACAUUGGCCUGCUCCCGGCCAUUGUUGAGAAGGUCGUCCUCACCAAACUAACAGUGUUGUCCGAACAAGUGUGGGACCCGCUGUCAAACAGUCAGACAGCACGGCUGGUGGGCUUUAUUCGCAGGUUGAUAAAAGGUUACCCAACUGUGCUGCAUGGGGACAACCAGUACACACGGGAGUUGUUGAGAACAGUCGUCAUGCGGGUGCGGCGGACACUGGAUGAAGAUGUCUUCCAACCCCUCUACCCCAAAAAUUUGCUGGAAAACAAAAACGGCGGUCCCUAUUUAUUCUACCAGAGGCAGUUCUGGACUUGUGUGAAGCUGUUAAGAAACAUCUUGCAAUGGGAGGGGAUUGUCUCCACUUCCUGUCUAAAGGACCUGGCUUUAGACAGCACUUUAAAUAGGUAUAUCCUCUCCGCGUUGCAGACCACCGACCCCAGUGAGGACAAUGUUCACAAGUCCCAGAAGGUGGUGGACUGUUUGCCUAUGCAAUGGUUCACUGGGCUUAAGGGCCAGCAGACACUGCCUCAGUUGGAGCCGCUGUGUCGCUACCUCGUCCAUUUGGCCAACUCAUUAUACCGCAGCAGCUUGGGCACAUCCGAUAUCGAGCGACGUGUGACCAAGGAUCAGGUGAAAGAGAUCAUAAAGAUGCUGGUGCACAUGAAGGCUGUGGACCACAUCAUCGCCGUAGCAGCUGAGCAAGGCAUUAAAGAUAUUAAGUCUCUGUUGGAAACCAAGUCCUAGACAGAGGCUCGGCAGCACAGACGACUUCUCCUCCAUUGCUGCAUUUGACUCCUCACUAAAUUGGACUCUGGGCUAAAGUUUGCAUACUGAAUAAAACACCUGUGUAAAUAUUGUGAAUAAUGUAUAGAAAGGUUUUUGUCUUCAUGCACUUACUCCUGUAUGAUCCAGUUGAACAAACACUGACUACAUGCCAACAAUUUUCAUUAUGUAUUUGGAAUUUUGAACUUAAAAUCAAAAGAUAAAACCGGCUUAAAAAAUAGUUCGUAGUGAGUGAUGUAAAAACUGCCUUGAUACUCUUCUAAUUUCCACUGUGCUAAAAGUGACUUCUUGCUGCACCACACAAAGAAUCCUCACCAGCACGGACUGUACACACCACAUGUCAAACAGUUGUAGUCUUUUUUUGUUUUGUGUUAUCGUUUGUUUGCUUGUGAAUAAAGUAUACAUAAAGUACUGUA